CACAAAAGGAUACUGGUCCUGUUUAUGCUACUAGCAUACUAACUACAACUCAGCAAGAAAACAAAAAAUAAAAAGUGAUCUGAAUAUUUGUAGUGUAGGGCUGUCGGGUAUGGUAUUGGGGACCUUAAUUUGCCUUUGGUCGUAAGUCAUAAGUCAUACCACUCUUUGAUAUUGCUUUGACACAAUAAGGUUUCAGUCCAACUGCUUCUCUCCUCUCCUCUUCUUCCUCUGCCUCUCUCUCUCUCUAUAUAUUUUAUUUUCCACUUCUUUAUUCUCCAUUUUUUUUUAGUCAAUAUGCUAGUACCCUUCAAUUUUUAAACUGUUCAGAGUUCUUCUCCAGUCUCCAGCUCUGCAUAUAUUAUGGAUAAAUGUUAUAGGGAAGGGAACUGAUCUGAAGGGAGGCAAUAAGAAUUUUCUUUGAUUUCUCCUGCAGGGAUGAUGAAACACACAUUGCUGUUCAACUUCUUUUUCACUUGUUCCAUUUUGGCAUUAGCAAAUUCAGCAGCAUGCAACAACAGCAGUACUGACCAGGCGCUGCUGUUUAAGGCCUUUUCCUCUGUGAAUGGGUUCAAAACCUCAUGGUUUAAACCCCUUCAAUCCUGUUCAUCUAAUGCUUCAUCAUCGUUUACUGAAAUCAAUCUUUCCUCAAGAAAUCUCUCCGGCACCAUCUCAUGGAGAUUCUUAAGAAACUUGUCUCGGAUUCAAGUCAUAGAUCUAUCAAAUAACUCUCUGUCUGGCUCUGUUCCGCCUUGGUUUUGGGGCAUGCCUAGUCUGGUUCAAGUGAAUUUGUCAAUGAACAAACUUGGAGGCACAAUUGGGAUUGGGAAUUCAGAAUCUGCUUCAAUUUCUUCUUCUUCUUCUUCAGGGAUUCAGAAGCUCAAUCUUUCCCAUAACAGGUUCACUAAUUUGGCCUAUCUCCCCAAAUUUUCCAAUCUUACUGUUCUUGACCUAUCUUAUAAUGGCCUAAAUUUUCUACCCCUUUGGUUCAACAACCUUACUGACCUUCAAAGUUUGAGUCUUUCUAGCUGCAAUAUUUCAAGCAAUCCGAAACCCUUUUCAAAUUUGAAGUCCUUGAAGUAUUUGGAUAUCUCCAACAACCAUAUGACCGGAAAUUUCCCUAAAGAUUUCCCUCCUUUGGAUGGCCUAAAGUUUUUGAAUAUCUCAUUCAAUAACUUUACUUUGGCAGCAGACAAGUUGCAGAAGUUUCCGAAAUCCGCAUUUAUUCACGCUGGCAAAGUCGUUGAUUCAAACAGUGGGAAUAGUAGUUCUUCAGAGAUUCGUAUCAAGCCCAAACCACCCACCCCAACUCAUAAACUACCAAAAAAACAGAGCCCAUUAAAUACAGAGGUGAAUCAAAAUCAUCUCCAUAAACACAAGUCGAAAUCGAAAGUUUUGAUCUUGGUCAUUUCCAUUGCUUCAGCAAGCUUAAUCUUGUUUUCUGCUGCGGCCAUCUCAAUUUGCAUUUAUAAAAGAAGGAAAUCAGCUAGGAAACAUGAUAAGUGGGCAAUCUCAAAGCCAAUUCAAUUCGAAUUCAAGUUUGAAAAAUCCGGCCCGUUUUCAUUUGAAACUGAGUCGGGUACUUCAUGGGUGGCUGACAUCAAGGAACCAACUUCAGCACCGGUGAUCAUGUUUGAGAAGCCAUUGUUGAAGCUCACAUUCAAGGAUCUGAUUGCUGCCACGUCACACUUCGGGAAAGAAUCCCUUUUAUCAGAAGGGAAGAGUGGGCCCGUGUACCGAGCUGUACUGCCAGGUGACAUCCACGUGGCGAUCAAGGUCCUGGAGCAUGCUAGGGACCUGGGUCAUGAUGAUGCAGUCGCCAUGUUUGAGGAGCUUUCAAGGCUUAAGCAUCCAAAUCUGCUGCCGAUUUCUGGCUUUUGCAUUGCAGGAAACGAGAAGCUCAUUUUGUACGAGUUUAUGGCCAACGGCGACCUACACCGAUGGUUACACGAGCUUCCGACUGGGGCACCUAAUGUCGAAGAUUGGACCUCCGACACAUGGGAAAUUCAAAACACGUCAUCCUCGACGGUACCCGUUACUUCACCUGAAAAAUUGGAGUGGCACACGCGCCACCGAAUCGCGGUCGGGAUAGCGCGUGGAUUGGCCUAUCUCCACCAUGCGCAGUCCAAACCGGUCGUGCAUGGCCAUUUGGUUCCGUCAAACAUCUUAUUGGCGGAUGAUUUUGAGCCACGGAUUGCUGAUUUCGGUUUGAGUCAAAACCCGGGUGAUAAUGGUGGUUCGACCAGUGAGGAUGUUUAUAAUUUCGGUCUGGUACUGGUCGAAUUGUUAACAAACCAACCCGGUUCAAUCGACACGGUCAAUUUGGUGAGAAGACUAGUGAAAGAAGGUAGAGGAGAACACGCCCUCGACUCGAGACUGAAACUCAACACGGACUCGGUGAAUGAGAUGGUGGAAUGCCUGCGAAUCGGGUACCUAUGCACCGCGGAAGUACCCGGAAAACGGCCUCGGAUGCAACAAGUUUUAGGAUUGCUCAAAGACAUUCAUCCCACUUCAACCGACUUGGUCUAACCAAUAUGACCCAAGAGUUUUGUCAAAAGGGUUGAACCAGGAUGAUCUUUUUUGUGGAUUGGUUAAAUUAAAUGUACAGACAAAAAUUCAAAGUGAAAAAAAGUUGUUUCGGACAAAAUUAGGUGGGUAGCUAAGGCGAGGGAGAGAUAAGAGGACCAGAGAAAUCCCACUUAAUCCUUGUCUGUUCUAUGUUGUCCUCAUAACAUCAUUUUCAUCAAGUCUUUAUUUAUUUCAUUUGUUUUGCUUUUAAUCUCUUUUGUUUUUUUUUUUUCUUUCUUUUAUAGUUUAGCGC